GUAGCUACUUUUCGUUCUACUGGCAAUUGUGUGUCAUCAGAGGGCGUGGGUCGGCUCAUACCGUCAAUACGCCGCACAGACAGCAAACAUAGUCUGUUUACCUGACACCGUUACUUUACUGAGUUCUCAAACUGGAAUAUUUACCUGGGAUUAAGAUGCGAUCCAUAGUCAGGUUGCAGAUAACGUAUACGCACAACAUUACAUAAUGCCGACAUUUCCCGGAUAAUAUAUAAUUUCGAAUAAAACGACAGCACCAGAUGAAAUGAGAGUACUGGAUUUGAUUCAUCAUUAGACUAGUCAUAAAAGUGACCCCUUUUGAACUAACCGGAUGUUGAUAGUCAAUAAAAAUGGAACAAACAUUAUAUAAAUUAAAAAUAAACAAACAAAAGAACAACCCAAAACAACGUACAUUCAGUCUGCUAUGGACUAGUCGUUCUGUAUUGCAGUACCAAUUCUUACUCGAAAAUUAAUAUUGGAUUACAGUUUGAUGUGUGUGAAGCAGCUGGUGCUAUGAAAUGUCAAUAACGUGACGGUUUAUUUUGUGUGGGGCUUUAUUUUGUGUGAUACAGUGCUAGGAAAUGCCAUCACAGUGACUCGAUUGUUUAUUUUGUGCGAUUCGGUGCUAUCAAAUGUAAUCUCAGUGACUUGCCUGUUUAUUUCGUGUGACACAGUGCUAACAAAUGUCAUCUCGGUGACUUGACUGUUUUGGGGUUUUUGGGGGUUUUUUUUGUGUCUGUGGGUGAUGCGUGCUAGGAAACGCUAUCUCAGUGGCGUUUAAUUUUGCGUGGUGCUUUACCGCAAUAUUUUUAUCUAAGUUUAAAGGGAUUAUUCACCAUGUUUAAGAGAUUAUUCACUAUGUUCAAAACAUUAAUAUCUUAUUUAAUUCAUUAUUUAAAGCGCCAUUCCCAUGAAUUGAGUUUUAUACUUUUCUUAUUCCUCCUCCAAUUUGUCGUCAUUCUUCCAGUUCUUUUCUGGAACAAACCGUGGACAAUAUUUUUCAAAGGCUUCCCAUCAAAAGCCAAUUAUACAAUGGAGGAAUCGAACCUUAACACGAAGAGACUUUCUAAAGCUGUCGAAUAUUUUCAUUCUAUAGAUGCCAAAGCUUCUCUGAAAUUAUACGAUGACGCCAUAAAAAACAAUGUAGGUGAAAUUGAUAUGGUGGUUUCCAUAGUAACGACAAAGCGAAAAAAUUCUAAAAUUACAAAGAACAGUUUAGGCUAUCUACUACAAUCUAGUGCCAAAGUUGAUAAAUUAGUAAAGCAUCAAACAAAUUUCAAAUCCGUCUUUACCACCAUUUGCAAUGUGGAUGUCAAACCUGAAGAACACCAUGACGCCAUUUCACUAAAGAGUUAUCUCCCUUACGUAGAACGUUACGGAAAUUCCAAACCAAGCAUUCCAGAUUUAUUCUUACCUCAAUCAAACGUGACCUACAGGACAAACACGCCAGUCCGAACAUUUGAAAAGGAAACCAUGGACUAUAUUUUUUGCUUAAAUGCCGCCAAAUACUGGAACCCUAAGUAUGUGUUGUUGCUUGAAGAUGAUGGAAUAGUCCACGACAAUGUAAUGGACAUCCUAGCCUAUGUUUUAAAAUAUCGACUUGGAAACUUCUCAAGAUAUGGAGCGAAGGAUUUCAUUCAUUUGAAGUUAUUUUAUCCAGAAAAAUGGCAGGGCUACGCUUUUGAAAAGGAUCGUAUAUUAGAACUAUUAAGUGGUGGUCUUGUCGGUGGAGCCAUUUUUAUUUUAGUUUAUUUAUUGUGCAACAUUAAGCGACGGAAACAUUCUUUAGCGCUAAUAUUUACAUGUGGGGUGUUGUUCACAGUAUUAACGUGUGUUGUCUUAGGAAGACAGAAUAUAAUAGAAUUAAGACGAAUUCAUCCAUGCACUUAUAGAUUUGUGUCUUCACCGGGCUGUUGUACUCCCGCCAUGUUGUAUCCAAGCAGCGUCAUUGAUGAAUUAAGUAAAAGUCUAUCACGUGACGCUAGUAAACCGUACCUCCGAACUGAUUUAGCUAUAAAUCAAUUUGUACAAUCGUCGGGGUUACCGGCAUUUUAUAUAGAACCUAAUUUAGUCGAUCAUAUAGGUAGAGUUACGACAUUAGGACUAGCUGAUAAACCCGCUGAUCAAUUUCUACAACAAAUAGAUAUUUAGCACCUAAUUUCUGUCUCAAUAGCUACACGGGUCAGGGCAAAAUCUUUCGUGUUGUUAAAUCUCAGAGCCCGUAGGCCUACUUCAAGUAUGAAGAGACACGCGUUAGAGCCCAGAACAUUCCGCCACCCAACCCCCUUCGACCAUCAUGGUGUUCAACAUGGGUCUGUACUUGGACCGACUACCUAAGGUAAUAGACCAGCUGAUUCAGGCUAACGACAUACUGUGACUUCCUUGGGAUGAGUAAGACGCUAGUUUACUAACCGCGACGUUCGAGUUUAGAUCACGAUGUUGACUGGAAAGUUCCCAGCGUGGUUUCGCCAUGUCAGUUGUGAAGAGCGGAGGGUUGAGUAAGAUGCAUGAAUGAGGUCAGGGUUUAGAUAGCGAUUUUGAGGGAAGUUCCCAGCGUGGUUCGCCAUGUCAGUGGUGCGGGUCGGAGGGUUUGACAAUCAACAUCUUAUAGUUUCCGGGUGGGACGAAAAAUUGAGGUCCCGUGUACACGUACAAAAACGACAGUUGGAAUUCAAUGGCUGUCUGGGCCGAAUUUCCCUGCAUGACCGUUUUCAUUAGCACAGUUCUUGCAGAAUAGCAGAAAAGUUAAACAUCAUUCAUUCACUGUCCCCACCCUUCUCAAAGCUUGUGAUGGGCCUAGGCUGUUUCCAUUAAACAUCAUUCAUUCACUGUCCCCACCCUUCUCAAAGCUGGUGAUGGCCCUAGGCUGUUUCCAUUUAUUUGUAACGCACCCUGUGACUAGAACAGACAUGCUGGUAUGGUUUCCGCUUGUCAGUGGUGCAGAACAGAAGGACUGACAAGGACAACUGUCUAGUCGUUCGGAUGGGACGAGAAACCGUGUACAUAUUGACGUGCAAGUAAAUAAACCCCUGGAAGUUGGAAUUCGAUAUAAGAGUAGGCCGUAGCGCCGCUGUCAUAGCAAAAAUUUACCCUCAAUAGCACACUGUAUGGCGUAUGCCCGUCUUUAUUAGCCCAGUCGGCUCCAUUAUAGCCACCAUGAUUAGCAACCAUAAAUCAUAGCUGAAAUUAAUAAAUACCCCUGAAGCUGACGAAAGGUGACUUAUUUUGAUGGCCAAUAUACUCACGUAUUACCUUGAACUAGUCUCUGUAUCUGUUGGCCACCUCUCAGUCUAUCGGCAACUGUUGUGUCAUCAGAGGGCGUUAAACAUCAUUUCAUUUCGUUUCAGAACAGACAUGUGUCUAUUAUCAUAUUAUAUUGAGGAUUAUUUUUCUAAUCCACUUAAUAGAUUACAACCGAAAUUGAUGCAUAUAUUACAUGGUUGUUAUUUAUUCAGAUUUGUUGCUUUCUUUGCCAGCUGCUUUGUCAUAGUUUUAUUUAUGAUUUAAAAUAUUUUAAUAAAUUGUGGCUA